AUGAUGAAAGGUUUGGAGGCUCAUCCGAAUUUAAAAGAAUUAACAGUGAAUGGUAUUCCUAUCAGUAAACAUCCAUCUUGGAUGAAGAGAGAGAAUGAUCAUAUGCCAUCAAUCCUUGACAAUCUGGUGAGACUCGAGUUAAGUUAUCUGCCUAAUUGUGAAAGCCUUCCAGCACUAGGUGACUUGCCUCGUCUUGAACAUCUAAAAAUACUGAUGUUACCACGGUUGAAGCGCAUCACAGAAGAAUUCUAUGCUUUGUCAUCUAGGAAAAACAUCAUUAGUUGUGAUGGGAAGGAAAUAGUUUCAAUUUUUCCUGUAUUGAAGACACUUGAGUUGGGAUAUAUGAGGUAUUUGCAGGAGUGGUCAAUUCGAAUAGUUGCAGCAUCAAUAUCAGUCCAAGUCAGGGUAUGUCCUUGCCUUGAGACGGUGAAAAUGACGACAAUGCCGGGUUUGGAUCAUUUCCCAAAUUUGAUAAUCUCAAGUGACGAGAAGCAAAAGCAUUCAUCCGAAGUUUCAGCUCUCAGUUCAAACAUCCACCACAACCAACCACUCUAUUUCCAAUCGCUGCAGACGCUGGAAAUGUGGGAAUGUUUCAUGUUGACUUCAUGGAUUUGCAAGCUCAUCCCGAGCUCGGCGCCACUUGAUAAUCUGAAAAUCGCCGCCGAACCGGAGUUCUGGCCCAAGGAUCUGCAUCACCUAAUCAACAUAAAGAAUUAG